GGUAAACGGCGUAACGGCCAUCCGCCAUAUUGAAUUAGUCAGAUCGUUGUCGUGUGCAAAGCCGCUCCGUUGUUCGCAGCUUCGCACACUCCCGAGUUUCUAGUCCUCAACCUACUUUACUUUCCGUGGAUUUCGAAUUCACCUCAUUCAAAAUGCGUGAAUGUAUCUCAGUGCAUGUCGGGCAAGCAGGAGUCCAGAUUGGUAAUGCCUGCUGGGAGCUGUACUGCCUUGAGCAUGGCAUCCAGCCUGACGGUCAGAUGCCCUCUGAUAAGACUAUUGGUAGUGGAGACGACAGUUUUAACACUUUCUUCAGCGAGACUGGAGCUGGAAAGCAUGUUCCCCGAGCUGUGUUCGUAGAUCUGGAACCCACUGUUGUUGAUGAAGUCAGAACAGGCACAUAUAGACAGCUGUUCCACCCUGAACAGUUGAUCACUGGAAAGGAAGAUGCCGCCAACAAUUACGCACGUGGUCAUUACACCAUUGGAAAGGAAAUUGUAGACAUAGUAUUGGACCGCAUCCGUAGAUUAGCUGACCAAUGUACUGGUCUCCAGGGUUUCCUAAUCUUCCACUCCUUCGGUGGUGGUACCGGAUCUGGUUUCACCUCCCUUCUCAUGGAACGACUCUCAGUUGACUAUGGCAAGAAGAGUAAAUUGGAAUUUGCUAUUUACCCUGCACCUCAGGUAUCUACCGCUGUUGUUGAACCCUACAAUUCCAUCCUAACCACGCACACUACCCUGGAACACUCCGACUGCGCCUUUAUGGUCGACAAUGAAGCCAUCUACGACAUCUGCCGCCGUAACUUAGACAUUGAGCGCCCCACAUACACCAACCUCAACAGGCUCAUUGGUCAAAUCGUCUCCUCUAUCACAGCUUCCCUCCGAUUCGAUGGUGCCCUUAACGUUGACUUGACUGAGUUCCAGACUAACCUGGUCCCAUACCCACGUAUCCACUUCCCUUUGGUCACCUACGCCCCUGUUAUUUCUGCUGAAAAGGCUUACCAUGAACAGCUUUCUGUUGCUGAGAUCACCAAUGCCUGUUUUGAGCCUGCCAACCAGAUGGUCAAGUGUGACCCCCGUCACGGUAAAUACAUGGCCUGUUGUAUGCUGUACCGAGGAGAUGUUGUGCCCAAAGACGUCAAUGCUGCUAUCGCAACCAUCAAGACCAAGAGAACCAUCCAAUUCGUUGACUGGUGUCCCACUGGGUUCAAGGUUGGUAUCAACUACCAACCACCUACCGUUGUUCCGGGUGGAGAUCUUGCCAAGGUCCAGAGAGCCGUGUGCAUGUUGUCCAACACCACCGCCAUUGCUGAAGCUUGGGCCCGUCUUGACCACAAGUUCGACCUGAUGUAUGCAAAACGCGCCUUUGUUCACUGGUACGUGGGAGAAGGUAUGGAAGAAGGAGAAUUCUCAGAAGCUCGCGAGGACUUAGCUGCCCUUGAGAAGGACUACGAGGAAGUUGGCAUGGACUCAGUCGAAGGUGAAGGUGAAGGAGCCGAAGAAUAUUAAUAAUGAAGAAAAUUCUCAACAAAACGGAAAAUGCUUUAUCGUCUGCUUUGAUUAUUUCUUAAGUACUGUUGCUUGUCUUGUGUUCCUUUAUGUUAUGUGAUGUUAUUUUCAUUUUUUUACAUUUUUCAAGUAUUGUUACGAAUUAAAAGAGAAUGAGAGAAUCA